AACCAACUUGUUUACAAAUGGUUGAAGAACGGUGCCUUUCGAUUGACUUUUUAUUGGAGAUCAAAUUUAGGAAAUAUCAUGAAGAUGGAGUGCUAAUGGGAAAGGACAUAGAAGACACAUUCGGUCAUUUUAUCAAAAAUCAAGAUAAUUUAAGAUCAGUUCUUAUACAAUUUAAAUCACAUAUAAAAAACAUCAAAAAAAAAAAUCAUGGAGUCUUUAAUUUAUUUCAUAUAAUGUGCUGAAAUCUUUUACUACCUGGUACACCCAGUACACUAUAAGUUUAUAUAAUAAAACCUAAGGGUUACUUUCAUUGGAUUGUUUCAUUGUGUACUUACUGUUUAUUUAUUUAUUUGCAGCUCAAUGUUCGUCCAAUCAGAAAUGCAGGAGAACAUACAUGUGAUAGAGUUCUUAAAUCAGGCACAUCACUUAUGAGUUGUAAUGGCUGCCUCUAAACAGGUGGACACUACAGACCAGCAGGAGACACCCCUACCCCUGGGCUGGCAAAAGGCUAAAGCUGUCACGCCCGACCGUAGGGCUCAGUUCUACUAUGUCAGUCACAAUGACUGCUAUACUACUUGGAGUGAUCCCAGGAUUUAUGACUCAGAACCAGUCCAGCAAGAGCAGUCUGUGCUAGAGUACAUAAUAAGAGCGUAUGACUUUAUCAAUGCUGAAUAUGGUGACAGGGACCGCCAACAACAAGAGUUUUACAAAUAUUAUCAGCAUUGUACUCAAGUGGGGAAUGAGGAAAGCAUUCGGGCUUGUCUUAACGCCUUGCAGGAACAGAUUUGUGUCAAGAAUUUCCCUCCACCACAUUCAGUACCGGAAGAGAUGGUUGCCAAUACGUUUAAACAACUUCAAAGUGUGAUACAAGUGUGUAUACGAGAGGGACGGGUCACACAGGAAACCUGUCAGGACUUGUUGUUUGAAUUCCUCCUGAAUUUGUUACGGUACGGACCGGGAUCGUCUGCCUCUUACUUCAUUGAGGAAAGAUUGAUCAGUACGGAACACAUGGAGGAGUACUUGAAGGCUUUGAAAGGGGAAGGACUUACCAGAAUUAAUGACAGUUUGAAGGAGUGGCAUUAUGUACCUGAGGAUCCUAAGAAAUUUUUGUACCAAUCACAUUCUCACUACUGGGGAGUCUUUAUCUACAAACUCAUCAAAAUCAUCCUUGGUAACUACAAAAGUGACAAAGUUUAUGACCCAGAGAUUCAUCAACAGUUUCUGGAUCUGUACCUGUUCUACUUCACACAAAUCACGGAGGUACCAGAUGAUUUUGUCUCCCAUUUACAGUAUGCAAUGAAGAGGAUAGCGACAGCUUACCCUGGCAAACAUAAUGAGAACCCAUAUCAGGUUCUUCAAAAGCCAGACAUUCUCCGGAGACAUUGGCAAACUGUAGGAGACACAAUAAGCAGUGAUAAGUUUCAAGAAAAGCAUGAUGAUAUAUCUAUGGACAUAGUCAGAAAUAUGGUCGACUGUAUAAUAGAAAAAAGGUGGACAGUUGUUUUAUUGGAUGACAUCAUAGAGCUUAUGAAGAGAUACUUUCUUACCAAUCAUGGUCACAUGCAUAAAGUGUUAUCAAGGAUUUUACAUCUUUUGACAGAAACAACAGAGAAGACCUAUGAUGAAAAUCCUCAGAUCAUGAACAAAAUGCUUGCAAUGUUCCAAGAAAUCUUGCAGAAGAAGCCUGAACAUAUGCCGUGGGCAUACUAUUAUGUCACGGUCUUGAGUGACAAGUCCAGUGCAAGGAAGGGAACAGAACAGGUAUGGUUUCCACUCAUGAAAGUACUUAUGAGAACGAUGCACAGGAAAGGCGUGUACCGGUGCCAUGAUACAUUCAGACAGCAAAAAUUUAAGAAGAUUUGGAAUUGGAAACAAAAUUACCAAGAGGCCCUAGAUAUCAUUGAACCUAUAGGAGAGGCACACCUACACUUAAACGGAGAUGACAAAGACGAAAGGUUUUUAGAAAACUGCGGGAAUACAAUCCGCACACUUCUGGAUCAGUUCAAGAUUGCAAAGGUUCCAGAGAAGCUGAAUGGACGCGCAGCUGAAUUGGCCAUGACCUUUAUGGAGAAAAGGUCAAAACAACUGAGUAAAUUUGUUGAGAUAUUUAUCAGAGAUAUCAAACUGGAGGGAAACCAGGAUGUGAUUCCUGGCCUGAUGAAGAGAUUUGCAGUACUCUUCUAUGACAGAGACUACAUGUUGGAUGAUUAUAACAACUUUUUGUUUGGAUGCAACUUCAUGGAGAAUGCCAUAGAAGCCUACAGCAUUGGAAAAGAAAUACCAGAUGAUGUCAACAAGACGUUUGUAGAGAUGUUUUUGUGGGUGAUGCAGACAGAGGAUUUGGAGUACACAGACAUGAACCAUGGCGACAAAUCUCUGUAUGGCCGUACAGCCACUGAUUUCUUGCAAUUGUUUAUGAAUAAACAUAUUGGGAAAGACACAUCAGACGCAGUUUUGCCACUGAUGCCGGCCCUAAUGAAACAAAUAAAACAUGAGGAGAAAGAGCUUGUGGAGACAAGUCGGACCAUUGUCUAUAUGAUAAGUGUAGAUGACUACAAAUUACUGGAGGGACAUCUGGAUGCCCUCGUCGAGUGGUACAAAGAAACGAAAUCAGAUUUUGCAUUGAGAGCACUAUGGAAGCCCCUCGAGGAAAGUGAUGGUUUUACAACUUCAGAUUUUUACGUGGUUAUGAAAACUAUAGCGGAGGACACUGGCAAUUCCAAAGCCUUUUUACACGGAAUGAUGUUUAAGUUAACGGCUGAAAGACAAGCUGAGCUGUUCACUCAAGAACAUGUUGACAUGAUGACUAGGAGGUUUCUAGAUGAGAAGCUAUCACAAGGCAGUGUUUUAAUGGCUCUUGGUGAAAUAAUAGCCAUUAAACCCGAGAUAUUUGGAGACAACAUGAUCAAACAUGUCCUACAGAAUCCAAACUUAGAUGUCCUGAAUGCCUCUUCAGUCCAAGUGAUAGCUGUCAACUUGGGAUUGAAGAAAAAGGAUUUAGUCAACACCAUAUUUGAAGAGCUUCUUGCCCUGGCAAAAUGUUGGCAUGAUCCAAAUCAUCAGAUUUAUCUGUUAGACUCUGUCCGCAUUCUAGGGUCUAAAUAUGGUGUAGAAACACUUAGACCUCAUCGAAAAUACUUUGAAGAGUUGCAGAAAUAUGGAAUGACUUCCCCUAUCAAAGAUACGUCAGCUGCUAUUGUAAACGCAAUGGAUGGAAUCAGUAUGGAGGGUAUCAUCACAGAUGCUAUACAAACAAAGAGGAAGGUAAAAGCCCUUGAUGAGAAAGUCAAAAAGGCAGAAACAGAAGUUAGUGGAAUGAAAACAACAGUUGCCAAACAAAGCAAAGAUAUCAAAGCUGUCGAGACAGGACUUAAAACCGUUGAAAAACGGGUAGAUGUAGUGGAGAAGGACCUUGUAGAAACGAAGGUCAGGGUUGAGGAAAUUGACAACAAGACAUUAUCCAACGCUCCAGUAUGGUCGAAGGAUAUUUCUAAGUUGAUGAAUCCAAAGUCGGAGCACGAUUGGCGGUUAUUAGCCCAGCGACUAGGAUAUUCUCUGGACGAUAUCAAAGCAUGGGCCACACACAGCGACCCCUGCAUGGCCCUUCUGAGUGAAUGGUACGCCACUCACAAGAUGAUAGAAGCCACCCAUGCAGUACUGAAUAUUCUACAGGACAUAAAUAGACUUGAUGCAGCAGUCAUCGUGGAGAACGCCAUGAAAGCUGUAGAGAAUGUUGUGGAGGAAGCCCCAAAGUACACCACUCCCCCUCCGAUCUUCCUUAGCUACCAAUGGGGUCACCAAAAUGAGGUUAAGUUACUACGGCAACACCUCCUCAUGGCCGGCUAUGAAUGCUGGUUGGAUGUCGGUCAAAUGGGAGGCGGGGAUAAACUGUUUGAGAAGAUUGACAAUGGAAUCAGAGGAGCCAAGGUCAUCAUAUGUUGUGUGUCGGAGAAGUACACGAAAUCUCCCAACUGUAACAGAGAGGUGAACCUGUCUGUCAACCUUGGUAAGCCCAUGAUCCCCCUCCUGAUGGAGAAGAUGGGCUGGCCUCCUCAGGGCUCUAUGGGACCCAUCUUCAGCGAAUAUCUGUUUGUGAGAUUUUUCCAGCGAAAAGGGGAAGAGACCAAAGAUCAACGUUACUGGCCAGUUUCAAAGUUUCAGGAACUUCUGAUGCAACUCAACAUCUACAAAACCAUGCCAGAUGAAUCCCUUAUUACCAAAGAGUAUAGAAAAUGGUGGCUACCGGUGACAGAAGAAAUUAUCAUCAACACAAAGCCGAUAAAAGGUGGGCAGAGUGCAGCCAGCACAUGUGGAGACAAGGACAAUGAAAGCACAUCACCAGACGUGUUUCUGUCGUACCAGUGGGGUAAACAGAAACAGAUCAAGCAGCUGUACAAGAGACUCAGUGAGCUCGGUUUAACCUGCUGGAUGGAUAUCUACCAGAUGGGAGGUGGAGAUUCCCUGUUUGACAAGAUUGACCGAGGUGUCCGAGGCUGUAAGGUUAUCCUUACUUGUGUGACCACCAAGUACACAGUCUCAGCCAAUUGUCGACGAGAGGUCAGUCUUGCUGAUACAUUGAAGAAGCCAGUGGUAUCUCUUAUGUUGGAAAAGAUGAAAUGGCCACCUAGUGGACCCAUGAGUAGUGUCAUAACACAGUUUCCGUUGAUUGAUUUUAAUCAGGACGAAGAAGUCCAAAUGACAUGGACAGGAGUUAAAUUUGACGAGCUUCUUGCUGAGAUUAUGGAAAUUGUACCCAAUACCAUUGGAUAUGUAAAGGAUAUAAAGAAAGGGGAGUCUAAAACUCAAGAAAAAACAACAGAUGAUGCAGAUGUUGCAAGGACACCAGAGGGAAAAGAAGAAGCACACCAACUUGAAGAAACACAAGCUGGUACUCAAGAGGUGUCACUACCUAAAUCUGGGGAGAAAAAUACAGAUGUACCAGCUAAAUUUUUAGAAGGUGUUGACGACGAAGAAGAAGAAACAACGGAAGAGCUACCACCAUCGUACAAUUCAUUGUUUUCACAAGCUUCUUCAAGUACACAAACUACAACAAAAAUGAAACCUUCACCCAAGUCCGCGCCUCAAUCAAGUAAGAAAUCUUCACAACCUCCACCACCACCAUAUCCGUACUGCCAUCUAUAUGUAGAGACUCCAUCACAGCCUACUACAGAACCAGAAAACAAAAAAUCAUCGUCAUGUGUAAUUAUUUGACACCUCUGUUGUUGGAUAUGGAGGAUAAUUGAACAGAUUUUUAUUUGAAAGGGUGUAAACCUCGCUAAACUCGUAGGCACAUAUUUCCUUCCUUUCCCCACGGAAGAGAUGAAAUUGUGUCAGGUAUUAGAAAUAGUCUGUUGUUCACUUGUCUGUCUUCAUAUCUAAUGUUGCAUGUUUGUAUAUAUUUCCAGGAAGAACUGGAAAAUACAGUAUACCGGGAAAUGUUUGCUGCAGUUGAAUUUUCGCCUUUUUCGCAUUUCGUUACGGGGCGAAAUUAUCAUUACAGAUGAUAUAAGUAAACAGCAUACUAUACAUAAUACAUAUGUAAUUUAAUGUGAAGGGUGAAAUUGACAUUGAUCGAAAACUGAUUUUGUGGACGAAGGACGAAAGUUUGACUGGGCGAAAAUGUCCCGGUAUACAGUACGCAGUAUGAGGUAUAAACCGAGAUGUACAUUUCAAACCAUCGGCUGUCAUUCACAAUGAGCGAACACAUAUAAAUGUACCCCGUUAAUAGCAACUACAGUAUACCUAGAUUCCAUUUAUCUUGAAUGUAUGUAAACAAAAAUUCAACGACAUAGUGUUAAGUUUUCUAUAAUUUUGGACGUUUAGAGUCAUGUACAUGUAUGUUUCUAUAAGCUAGUUGUUGCACCUUGUUUACCUUUGUGGAAAGCCUGACAACUAUUUUUGAGGGGAUGAUACAUGAUGUAAUUACUCUUUUGGAGGGGGAUGAUAAUGAUGUCAUUGCUCUUUUGGAGGGGGAUGAUACAUGAUGUCAUUGCUCUUUAUUUUGGUGACUCCUUAGUUCGUCUUGUUGUCCAUAAUUUUUGCGUUGUGUGUUGACGCUGUGGUAUAUAUUUCUUUUACUUUCUUCAUUGUAAACAAAACGAAGUAAGUAGUCAUCACUCCAUCGUAUUCUACGCAUCCAUAAUAUCCCCGUCUAUCUGUUUCCAUUUAUAUUGUUUACUUAAUAAUUGUUUAUAAAAUUGUGCAUGUUAGUUGAGCUCAAACUGAUUAAUGUAUGAUUUUUUAGUACAUUAUAAACAAAUGUAACCAUUUUACAUUAUUUUGUACAAUUGUUUUCUUUCGUUAACCGUUUUUUGUUUUCACAAAUAAGUAAUCGGGAUAUUUGAAUACUUUCUGUUGGUGACAUAGCUCCAUUUUAAACAAAUGAAUAUUAUUAAAGAUGUUUUUAUGGAUAUUUCAUAUGUUUGAAGUAGUUAUUAAUGUUAGAAUUAGGUACAUAUAAUCACAUUUUAGGAUCCCUGUCUACAGUCCAGAAAUUGGCGCUAUCAUAAAAUUUCAGAUAAUUGACAGGCUACUUUGAUACUAUAGUAUUUGUAUAUUUUGGCCAACCGAACGACAUGAGGAUAGUUUUCAAACCCUGGUGUUCAUUUUGCUUCGCGAGGUAGGUCUGGAGUAGUAGGUGAAAUACCUUCGGAAAGUAGCCACUGUCUUAAAAAUAAUUUAUCUUUUUCGUAUAAUUUUAAACUAUAUUUUGCCAGAUUUAGAAUUCAUGUUUGUAAGUCCUUGAUAUGAGCUCAUUAUAUUAGAUCAUAUCUUAAAUAUGAGUUUUUUUAAUCAAGUUUGAAGUAUGGCUGCUAGAGUGUCGUAUAAUAUGAUGAUUUUUGUCGUAUUUAUAUCAAUUAAUAUAGCAAUGUUUUUGAUAAAUCUACACCUUUAAAUGAACCAUUUUCAAUAGCUGUUAAUGUUUUGCAACUUUUCACAAACUUGUAUUUAAAGAUAUAUUCAGUACUGAGUUGAUUCAAGUAAAGUGCUAAAUCGUCAUUCAGGUAGGAUCCUAAUGUGUUGGCAAUACACGAGUUAUCUGUGUGGGGACGUGGCAUUUCUUGGAUUUUGACCUAGAUUUACAUUGCGGCCGGGUGUCAUCGACGAAGUAGUAGAAGAUGCUUACAGUUCCAAAACACCGGGCCUUAUUAUAUUUUUUAAUGUUCUCCAUGUAAGUAUUUCCCUUGUUUAUAAUUUGCCGUAGUUUUAUCGAUUUUGAGUUCGAAUUAUGGUUUUGUUGACACCUCUGUAUCCUCUUGUUUUUUUGACCAUUUCUUAAAUUACCUCCAUGUAUUAUUAUCUUGUUAUUUUUGUCCACUUUUUAAAAUUACCCCCAUGUAUGAUAUAUUUUUUACUUGAAAUCUAUUUCCAAUUAAGGAGAUAAAAUGGUUGAGUAUCGUAAAACAAUUAUCAAAGAUAUUUUUCGUGAUAAUUAUUAAUUGAGUUCUGUUCAGAAAGUACUGUCUUUCUCUUGAUACAACUAUUUUCGAGUAAUUUACAUUUGAGCUAGCUUGUGGUUUCAAAACUUCAACGUAAUAUAUACGUGUUGAAUGAGCCGCGAAUCGAAAACCCCACCAAUAAAUACAGGGAGGUUGGUUCCUGAGGUUAAAUUUUUAUCCAUAUUACACAUGAUAAUAUCUGUUUUAUCAUUUUAUUAUAAAUGCAAUGUAAUACUUUAUCACACGACAAGGUAAUUAUUACUUAUUUCUUAAAUGUUUAUGUAUAGCGGUUCUUUUGACCCAAACAGUAGUAAUACUUUGGUACUGAUAUUAAUGCUUAGGAGUGUAAUUCAACAUAGUUUUUCUAAGGAUUGUCAUUCUGUGUUAUUUUUAUAUAAAUACAUAUUUUUAUUCGCACUACUUGGCCAUAUUACUCCAGGACCUUUGUGUAUUUUUGAAGUUUAUUUUUGAAAAAUCAUAUUUACAUUUACAAAACGUUAGAAAUUGUAUACUUUUGUGCCAUAAUAUAUUUUUAUUAUAUUUCUUUUUGACAUUCUAAUGCAUUUUUUAUGUUAUACACAUGCAUUUUACAUACCGUAUGGUAUCGAAAGCUUUUAGUAGUGUAGACUACUUAUAUAUACAUACAUGUAUAUGUAUAUAUUGCCUUAAGUGAUAAUGAACAGAUGAUGAAACAUGUAUAUAUGAUUUAUCGACAAUGUUUUCUUGACAUUAUAUAUUUUAUCGACAAUGUUGCCUUGUGUCAUGAUAAGGUAAAGGAUACCACAAAUUUAAACUUUAUUAUUACCAUAGGUGCUUUUUAAAAGUAGCAUUCCUUAAAAAUCACACUUUGCCAUGCAUUUUACAAAAUUAUAGUUGUCCAAAGUUUGAAUGUUUGAAACUACAGGGUCAUACCCGGUACGUUGCCAUUGCAAACCUUAUACUUUAUCUAUUCUGCCAUCCAGGAAUUUUUCUUGCACUGCUUCAAAAUGAGUAUCCCAUUAAUAAACCGUAUAUUCUAGGGCAAUAAGCUAGAAAAAAAUGUCUGAGAGGAACUCUUCUUUGCGAUGAAAACUGAUGCAUUGGUAUCCUUUACCUUAUCAUAUGGUGAAAUUUACAUACAACGCUGUUUACCUCUUACAGAAUUCAUGACAUGAAACUGUUAAAAAAGUUGUGGAUGUACCGUAGAUAUUUCCUCAUUAUUCAUCGUGUAUCUGAAAUAUUUGUUCUUAUCACACGUUAACUGCUGGAUUUGUUGAAAUUUACUUCAUUAUCAGUGACUUCGUGCACCAAGUGCACGUCGUAAACACACUUUUUUUCUUAAGCGAUUCAUGGAAUGUGUCCAGAAAGUCAAUGUUGUUUUGACCUCAUGAAUAUUAAAAAAAUAAAUUUCAUUCCUGAAAUAUUUUGGGAAAUAAUACAAAAUAUAUUUGUCAAAAUUUCCCUAUUCAUUAAAAUAUUUCCCGCUGCCACAUGUUUUAAGAUGUAAUUGCAUAUUGCUCUUUUUUUUGUAUUUUAUCAGCUGAGACAUUAGGUGUCGACUUCUAGUUUGAUGAUAUCUAGGACCAAGAGUAGGACGUUGUUUACAGAUGAUAUAUAUUUAUAUUGAAACAUUGAAAUUUCCAUAAAAAAAAAUCAUAACACUACUUACAAUUUGAAAUGUAUAUAAUGAGACAAUAUGACGACCGAACAAAAGUCGUAAUCUAUUGAACAUUUACACGUUUCUAAUUUUAACAUUUCGGAAUAAGGUUUUGUUGAAAUAAAAAUUAUUUAAGAAUGCUUGUUAAAAAACUAUUUAAAACAUUUCACAAAGAUAUCUAAAAAGUUGAUUGUGGGAAAUUAUCUGUGUGUUGGGCGAGUUGGACGAGUUAAAAGAGUUAAAAUGUAAUAAUUAUUUGUAUACUCAAUAAAUUUGGAUUCAAAACGAGACAGUUAUUAAUGGUGUAUCAAUAUACUACAAACCAUAUACAUUGCACGUAGAAAUAAAGAUGUUUUGAACUUAAUUGGGGUAUUGUUGUUGUGUUUUAAUAAAAUAUGCA